AAGGAGCCGAAGGGGAGUCGGCGGCACAAAAUGGCGGCGACGACGGCGGCGGCGGCCGGGAUUCCGGGGUCGGCGGUCCCUGCGGCAGCCGCCAGCGCCCCGAGCUCGGCGGGCGCGCCCCUGGGCUCGCAGGGUGUGCUGAUCGGGGACAGGCUGUACUCCGGGGUGCUCAUUACUCUGGAGAACUGCCUUCUGCCCGACGACAAGCUCCGCUUCACGCCGUCCAUGUCGAGCGGCCUGGACACCGACACGGAGACCGACCUCCGCGUGGUGGGCUGCGAGCUCAUCCAGGCGGCCGGCAUCCUGCUCCGCCUGCCGCAAGUGGCCAUGGCUACCGGCCAGGUGCUGUUCCAGCGGUUCUUCUACACCAAGUCCUUCGUGAAGCACUCCAUGGAGCACGUGUCGAUGGCCUGCGUUCACUUGGCUUCCAAAAUAGAAGAGGCUCCAAGACGCAUCCGGGACGUCAUGAAUGUGUUUCAUCGACUUCGGCAGCUGAGAGAGAAAAAGAAACCUGUGCCUCUAGUACUGGACCAAGAUUACGUUAACUUAAAGAACCAAAUCAUAAAGGCGGAAAGACGUGUUCUCAAAGAGCUGGGUUUCUGCGUUCAUGUGAAGCAUCCUCACAAGAUAAUCGUUAUGUACCUCCAGGUGUUAGAGUGUGAGCGUGACCAGCACCUGGUCCAGACAUCAUGCCUCUGAGGGUAAGUGACUAAGACUUCUCCUCUGCUGUCCAAGCGCUUUGGUGCAGGGACAGCGGCGUCUUCAGCCAAUCCAGUGCAGGCUCUCCACCGAAGGCUGGCUCUAGACUGGUGGUAUGCGCACGAUAGUAUAGUCACGGCCGACUGCUGCUCGUGGUUUCUCUGACGAUUGUGCUUCUUGUUAAUCCUCUGUCGUGCUUUGGUAAUUGUACUGAUUAGAGUUGAUAACUGUCUUGACCUUUAAAAUUGUUGUACUUGUACGAUAAAGAUGCAGUACCUUUCUCUCUUUAAAUGUUUUGGGGAUAUUGUAAGAAUUGAAGUGGCAGAUUGGCUGUCAGCAUGGGAUUAUGUCAUUUCUGGAAGUCCUGAAGCUGCUUUUCAGCAGCUAAGCUUGACACAUUCUUGUAAAAGGUGUGCAUCUUUAAACUCCAUGGACACUUUUUAAAAGAUUGUAACUUAUUUCAAAUAUAGCAGUAAGUUUAUCUAUACAUGUUUUGAGGAUCUUGUUUGAUUUUAGGAAAGUUGAUGGUUUAAAAUGAUCACUAUUUGAAUACCACAAACUUUUUAUUAGAAACAAAAAAGUUACCAAUGGUUAUGCUUAUCGUGUUUGAGCUGUUCACUUUCCAAGUUGCUCCCGGAGUGCUUGGCUGCCCUGCUGUCAUGCAUACUUCCCGCUCUACACCUGGAGCAAGGUGCCCCAGGAGGCACCUGGCAAAUUUAUCAUUUAGAAAUCUCUGAGUUGGUUUGUAUGUUACCUUCCCCAGGGUUUAUUUAAGGCAAAGGUAUGGUGGGUGUGGGGAUCAGCCAAAUCACAGCAUGACUUCACUCAGCUGUGGGUGCAGCCUGACUUCAAGGCUCACCAUUAUUUUAGGAGCAGUAAAUAUAUAACCUGUUGACCUAUCUUCUCAUGGAAUGAAUCAUUUGUUUUUGCAAUAUUGAUAAAGCUAGUAUAAGGUCUGACUUUAGUCUAUUAAAUCUUAAGAGGAAUAUAUCUAAAGGAAAACGCUAAAGAUGUAGCCAGUUUUUAAAUGUUUUAACUUUUUAAAAACGUAUAUUUUGUACCUUUAUAUGUUCUAAAUGUGAUGAAGUUUUAAGAAUGUACUAAUUGUGAUGAAA